AUCGCCGCAGGAGAAGAGGGAUAAACGGAGGGAGGGAGAAUAAAAAUGAAAUGAAAUAAAAAGAAAUGAAGACAGGAUGAACGUGUGCCUGAGUAACAGCUCGUCAGUGGGGGGGUGUUCCGAGGACUCCUUUAAGUACUAUGUGUACAGCGCCACCUACGUGCUGCUGUUCCCCAUCGCCCUGAUCUGUAACGGGGGGGCGCUCGUCGUCUUCAUCCUGCAGAGGAGCCGCAGAAGCUCCGCCUCCUGUGUCGUCAUGACGAACCUCGCCCUAUCAGACUUCAGCUUCUCGCUCACGCUGCCUCUGAGGCUUCAUUAUUACUUCAAUGGACGCGUCUGGAAUUUUUCUGAUUGGCUGUGCAGACUCUACGUCUUCUGCUUCUACGUCAACCUGUACACGAGCAUCCUCUUCCUGACUCUACUGAGCGUGCUCCGGUGGCUCGCGGUGACACGCCCCCUGCGUCAUCGCGCUCUGGCCACGCCCACUAAAGCCCUAUUGGUCUGUUUGGGAGUUUGGUUGUUUGUGGGCGUGGCUUCCGCACCCUUCCUGAUCCAAGGGAGGAUCUGCAGGUCGGGGGUUUAUCGCUGCUUCGACCCUCCGACUAGCUCCUUAUCGAAGACGGUUCUGAUAAUGAACUACGUGGCGCUGUUGAUCGGUUUCCUGCUUCCCUUCCUCACCAUCGUGCUGAGCUACAGUCGGAUCGUGCGCCGCCUCAACAGACGCUCAAGCCUCCACGGCGCCGAGGGUCCGUCCGCACGACUUCGCCAAUGCAACCGCCGGCGCUCCAUACACCUGGUCGCUAUGGUGAUGGUGACAUUCGUGGUGUGUUUCCUGCCUUACCACGUGAUGCGUUCGGUGCAUCUUCACGCCACGUUUGCCGGCUGGAGCUGCGAUGUCACGGCGCCGCUGCAGAAGGUGGUCGCCGUGACGCUGUGCAUGGCGGCGUCCAACAGCGGCAUCAACCCGGUGCUGUACUACUACUCCACCCGCAGGUUCAGGGACAACCUGAGGGAAGCACGCACCUCGCUGUCCGGCCGCCGGGGGUCCAUCGCCACCGCUAUAUCAAUGAACCGCCGGAGAAACAGCCCAAUGUCCCCCUAAACCAUGAUGGUACCCUUCCAAAGGACACUUACUAGCAUUGGACACUUAAUGGGUGUCCUACGAGGCACAUGAUUGGACGAAAGCUUGAUUAGUUUGCCGGCAUAUUUGGAAACGUCUUUCUAUUUCAUUACGAAUACCCAAUCCAACCCCUAAUGUCCCCCUAAACCAUGAUGGUACUCUGGGAGUGGUAGCAGGCACCUGGUUGGACGAUUUGGAAAAGUUUUUCUAUUUUAUUGCGAAGACCCAAUGUACCCCUAAACCAUGAGGGUGCACUUCCCUAGCAUUGGACACUUAAUGGCUGUGCUACGAGGCUCCUGAUUGGACGAAGCCUGGACUAGCAUGGAACGUUAUUUUAUUAUUAAAAAGGUUCAGCAAAAUGUGUAUUUGUGCCUCAGGAAGAACGCCAACUGUUGGCUGUCCGAGGCCGAAUGUCCCCCUAAACCAUGAUGGUACACUUCCAAAGGACACUUACUGGCAUUGGACAGUUUGUGGGUGUCCUACGAAGCACCUGAUUGGACGAAAGCUUGAUUGGUUUGUCAGCAUAUUUUGAAAGGUUCUUCUAUUUUGUUCCCCUAAACCAUGACGGUACUCUUGGGGUUGUAGGAGGCACCUGAUUGGUCAAAGGCUUGACUAGACUCAAUCCAACACCCAAUGUCCCCCUAAACCAUGAUGGUACACUUCCCUAGCAUUGGACACUUAAUGGCUGUGCUACGAGGCUCCUGAUUGGACGGAAGCUCGACAUAUUUGGGGAAAAAAUGUUUGUUUUUUUAGACACUUUUUUUUUUUAUUCCUUGAGAAACUAUCUGAUUGGACGACAGCUAGACCAAUAGGGAGGCUCCUAUAGAAAUGCACAUAUCUCUUAACAAAGAUAUUUAAUUAUAGUUCAUUUUUCACCAAAUGCCCUUUCGGGAGAUUGCAGAGACGGAAAGAUUUGCAUGAAAUCUACUUUUUGUAUAUUUAGUAUAUUAGUUUUAUUUAUUUAUUCAAAGGUGCUCUGAACUUAAAGCAGUACGAUUAUAAUAAUUAUUUAUGUCUUUGUGCACAAAUCAAUUCAUAUGUUUCUCUGCUUCUCUUGCAUACCGCCAUACUUACAAACAUUGGACACUUAAUGAUUGUGCUACGAGGCACCUGAUUGGAUGAAAGCUUUUCAACCUGAACCAACGAGGCAGCUAUUUUGGAAAUUAGACAAGAAAAAAAGUAAUAUGGAAAGAAAUUUCGUAAUAAUUUCAUAAAUAGAAAUAUAUUUUUUGGAGGAAAACGUAAUAUUUCUAGAAAAAAAUACCCAGAUUACUGAUGAAAAAAACUCUAAAUAUUUCAGGAAAAACUGUAAUAACUGAUACAUUUGUAAAUUGUUAAUAAUUGUAAAUUGAAAUAUUUUAGUAACAAAAUGUUGACUGAAUAAUUUUUUGACAAAUGUUAAGUUAUGUAGAAAGCGUAGGGGAAAAAAUGUAAAAAUAUUUUUGAAUUUGUAUUAAGUUAACAAUUCUGCACUG